AUGAUUAAACAACAGCAACUUAAGGCGCAAAGCGCCCAGGUCCUUCAGACUAUUACAUAUGCCACAUAUGCAUAUAAUUCAAAGACGGCAGAACAAACGCAAAGGUUGAAAUAUGGAGAUUUGGAGAUAGUAUUGAAAAAUGACCAUUUCGAAUUCGUUUGCAAAGGUGGUGCAGUGAUAUCAAAUAUAAAAGAAAUUUUAUUUAUGAAUUCAAAAAUUAAAGGUAUAACGGAUGAUAUAACAUCAAUUCCACCAGAAGAACAGAGAUAUUACGCAUUAAAUGCAUUUCCUAAAGUUUUGAAGAUUGGAAGAUUUAAUUUAAAUGAGGAAUUCAUAGAAGGUUUCCUAAACGACAUAAUGAAGAAAGCAGAUAAAACUUAUGUUAACGAUGAGUUAGAGAAGAAGGCAAAUUUGGUUUAUGUUGAUGAAAAAGAUAAUGAAAUUAAAGAAAAGGUUGAAUGA